AUGAUUCGAGCGGUUCUCUUCACCGGAAUUGCGCUCCUAUUAUUGACAUAUACUACGCUUACCCUUUCAACUCUUAUUGGAACCCAACUACAACUACCCACAACACCACUAGAUAUCGACAACCACACGAGUUUGCAUGUGAAUCAUCAAGUUCGCGAAGUUAGGAACACAAAGAUUGUGGGAUUCUGUAACUACAACUACCGUUCUGUGGGAAAGAAAUGGUAUAAGCGACUGACACGGCUUGGAUACACCACCCAUGUGCUCGUCGCCACCGACUUGAAUAUGAAAGCCCAUCUCGAGUCAUCUCAAGAAACCUACCGUUUUGAUGUAGCUCUUGCGGAACCCAUACCGCUCAAACUAGACGGCAAACGAAAGACGAAACGAGAUCGAGCAGAACUGGAACUCUUAUUUGCAGUUCGCUGGAAAUAUCUAUUGAGUCAGCUUGAAAAAGGAAUCCAUGUUCUUCUAACUGAUGUUGAUAAUAUAUUUUCUAAAUUUCUAAACUUGAAGGACAGAGUGGAAGACUUUGAUCCUUCAGUAGACAUCUGGUUUGCAUAUGCAACCAAGUAUCCAAACAAGGUGUUCGCGCAACAAGGAUUCACUGUCUGUGGAGGCAUGUCAUGGUGGAGAGCCAGCAAACCAGCCAUUGAAUUUGCUCGUUUGAUCCAUGAAUCCUGCGGCAUCAUGUGUGAUGACCAAAGAUUACUCAACAAUCUGUUGCUACAAGCCAAUAUAACUUGGGAUUGGACGCCAGCGGUACUGAACAGUCGCGUUCAGGACGGUGACGAGAGGUUCGCUGGAUUGCUAACUCUGGGUCUCAAAGGCGAGUCUGCAAAAACCGGGUACAAGGCACACAUUUGGGACCGUGAUUUCGCCUUCCGGGGACAUCUGCAACCCAACGAAUGUCCAAAGGACAAUUGGAUUUCAAUGCCCAUUGUCGAUGCGAAGAGCAGACACCAAAAUUGGAUUGCAAAAUUUGAUUCCUUUGACACUUGGGACCGGCAGUGUGGUAAGAAGAGCUAG